AUGGAUAUGAAAUUACUUUUGUGUAAAACAACGAACCAAAGUGAUCAGGUCACUAAUUUUAUCAGAAGAUCUGACGCAAACUGCUGGGGAAGCAGCAUGCUGGCUUGAUCCGAGUGUUCCGAUAAAUAUUACAGAGCUGACUUGGUAACAAGAAUCCCAACCCCUCAGGCUAUAUUAAGAGACUUUGAACUAGUUGAAUAUAAUCUAGAAUAAAUCGAUGCUUUCAGACAGUAUCAUAGUCCUGGAAAA